AGCAGCAUGCGGUCGCUGCGCCUGUGGCGCCAGCUCCCGGCGCAGCUGGCGGCGCUGCUGUUGCUGGCAGCUGCUGCGCGGCCGUCGCGCGCCGUCGCUGGCCUGCCCGGCGGUCCGGAGCUGCCGCAGUCGGUGAGGGAGGCACUGCAGCAGGUGGAACGGCGCCUGGAGCACGCACAGACGCAGACCGCGCAGCAGCAGGCGGCCAGCACGCGUCAGGCUCUGGACGAGCUGCAGGACAGGCUGGAGCGGAAGCUGGACGAGAUCACGAGGCUGGUGUCUCAGCUGUCGGGCGGCGCGGCCGGCGCGCCGACGGAGAGCGUGCAGCAGUGCGCGCUCUCCUGCUCGGAGGGCCGCGACUGCCUGGUGGUGGACUACCGCUCCGCAGACCACUGCCGACCGCUGCAGCGGCUCGAGCGAUGCGACAACGUCACGUCGGCGGCCGCCUCGGCCGGCUACUACGUCAGUGUGACACAGACGUGCGCGCGCUCCUGCCUGCAGCUGCUGCGACAGGAGGCCGGCACCAGGGACGGCGUGUACCGGCUGAACGGGUUCGACGAGCCGGUGUACUGCGACAUGAGCCGUGACGGCGGCGGCUGGACGCUGCUGCUCACCUCGACGGCGCAAGACGGCUGGAGUCUGGAGACACUGCUGGAGCGGGCCGCCUCCAGGCCGGCCAUCGACCGCGACUACUCCAUCUUGCGCUACGCCGACCGCUUCAAGGCGCUGGGCAAGAGUGACAGGUUCCUCUACAGGCUCGAGGCGCAAGCGGAGAAAGGACGCGGUCGUUGGGGCGGUGUCUGGUCCGCCCCCGCCAGCUACAGCUUCACCCACAAACUCACCAACCAGACCGAUGUCCAGCUGCUCAAGAAGUUCGGCAAGUGGGAGUACGGCAUGGAGAGUAUCCAGCAACGCCUGCCGUGGAUCAACGCCGGCGGCUACUCGAGCGGCAAGCCUCUGCUGACGACCACGGACCAGUGGCGGACGGGCACCUUCUGGGGCACGCUGGUCACGCGGCCCGAGCAGCGCGCCUACCGCCACAGCCCGUGGGUGUUCGGCACCGUCGCCCAGCACUCGGGCACCGUGCUCUACUGGCUCCGAGAGGAGAAUGUCUAGACGGUGUCUGGCGGUCGCUGCCGAGAGGAGUGAGGGACACGAAGGAGCUGCCGGUCGGAGCGUUAGAGUUGGAGAUCGAGUUAGAGUUAGAGUUAGAGUGUGCGUUAGAGUUAGUGUGCGUUAGAGUUAGAGUGUGUGUUUGAGUUAGAGUUAGAGUGUGCAGGGUGGCGCAUGGUGAGGACGCACCGCGAUGCUUCUUCUCUGCAGCGUCGAAGAACCAAGCUGGUUCAACACAAAUAAGCCCCGGCCUUUGUUCAAUCGUAGAGGUGAAGAUUUUGGCUGACUGCCGGAAGAAAGACAGCUGAUGUGGUUCGUUGAUCAUGUUCAUGCAAGUUUCUUCGUUUCCGUAGCAUAGAAGGAGGAGGGGGGGGGGGGGGGGGAGCGUGCUCAGUGAAAGCCAUCUCUCCACGAGAAAGAAACGUGGAUCGAGAAUGAUGCCACGUAGAAAGCCACGAGGAGAGCUAUACACGAUGCUUGGUGAAAAAUGACGUUGUUGCAUGCCGCUGCGUCUCUGUUUUUUCGAAUCCAGUUUAGAGGCGAGAGAAAUGAUUGACGAGGCAGUUCUUUGGGGGCUCCUGUAGCAGUGGUUCUGCGAUGAGUGGCUACGCAGAGUGCUGGAGACAGAGAGUCGCAGCAGUGCAGCACCCUGUUCCGCUUGUGCUUGCGUCUCCGUGUUUAAUGUCCCAGUGUCGAAUGGAAUGUUACUGCUUCUUUUGCCGGGAAAUCGAAGAUGUCGUGCUUCUUUGGAUCAGCGGCACCGCAAAUGCGGGACACUUUUUAUAGCUUUGUUUGACAUCUAAGAGGAGAAAGCAGCUCAAAGUACAUUCCCUUCACACAAGAGGUGUGCUCUGGGGUGCACACACGCGAGGGAUGUGAACUGCUGGGGCUGCGAACUGCUGGGGAUGUGGUUGCGAAGGAUUCGCAAUGCCACCGCAUAGUUGAGCGAUGUUUGGUGUUCACGAUUGUCAUCUGUAGUGACGCAGCGAUGUUGGGUGGCAUGAAAGAAAGAAGAGCUGCCCCAUGCUGCUAACUGUACGAGUGGUACUGGGAAUAGCACGGUAAUGGAUUUUGUGGUGGGUAAAUUAUUCCUGUACCACCGUUGUCGGCGGUCUGGUACGCGUUCAUCUCGUUCAGACGUCCGUAGAAUAUACAGCAAUACCCGA